AUGGACUCACCAACAAGAAGCGUAUCGCCUGCUCCAAAGAACAAGAAGGACAAGGCAGAUGAUAAGGACGAUAGCGAAGAAGAGGACAUUCAUCAGCAGCUCAGUCGACUUCUAAGAAGAGAGGGACAUUUGUUUGCGAAACCCUCAAUGUUGGCGCUACCUCAGAGACCUCGACCUGCCCCGUCAAAUACUAGAAUAAGUAAUCCUCGAAAGGCCCCAAAAGGAAGAAUACCUCCGCCACCUCCUCUCAUGGUCGUUCCCAGGACUCCCCGCAAUCAAGGGCAAGCGAGGCCACUUCCUCCACCUCCUCCACCUCCUGUCAUUGAUCGUUCUCCUAUUCCUGUUCCACCGAGAGAUUUCAUAGAAACUGAAUGGGUCAAUCCUAACCCUCCUCCUCCGCCUCCUCCUCCGGGUUAUCCACAGACAAUUCAGGCGCCUCCACAGUCACCUAUGCCACCUGUCAUCAAGCCCGCUCAGACACAUUACACCAUCUCUGAGGACGCCAUAGGAGCUAGCAACAGAGAUAAACUUGCAGCGAUAGAUAAUGGACCUAUCAUGCCAAACGGUGCCAAUGCUGGCAUCAAUAUCAAUAACUUCAACCACAACUUACCACCCCCGGUUCCCCCGCCAGCCACUUGGAGAUCCUCUGGCCCAACUCGAGGCUAUCGCAUCCCGACCUUUACCAAGGCCAACAAGGAGCAAUCAGAAGCGCAGUCAAGGCCUUCGGAGCCAAAUUCCGUGCCUACAAGCGCUACCGAGCUUCAGCAUGAAAGUCGGUCAACAAAUAUGGGAAAGACAACUGAGGCUCAUGGACAUUCUGAAAUACAGGAGGAGGGAUCUCAUGACUUUGCCGACGUUACUGGAGAGGAAAUUUCUUCCCAUCAGAUUCUAGUCGAUGAGAACACAUUGCAGGCACUAAUCCAGCGUGUUGAGGAGUUGGAAGAAGAGAACACCACCCUUCGAGAAGAUGCAGACAAUAUCUCAACUGGUCCCAUGGACUUGCCUGCCAAAGUUCAGCUCUUCUAUUGUUUAGAAAGAGUCGAGCUGGACGACGAUAGUGUCGACGAAAGAAGUCGGACAGUCUAUCUUUCUCCUCCUGAAUGGGUAGUUUUUGGCGACGAUGUCGACCUCAGAGGUCGAUUCCCCAUCACAGACCCUGGUGACUACGCUGAAGAACAAGGCGCAUCACUCAUCGUUUACAAAUAUUAUUCCGUGGACUAUCAAUACGACGCAGUAAAUGCUGCCAAGAGAGCAAAGCAACCGCUUCCUGAACCAGAACCAGCCAGCCAAGAUGUCGUUCUAGUGACGGAAGAAAUGGUUGAGGCAGUCGAGGCCUUAUUUGAACUUUUCCCUUCAAUGAGCGACGACUUUCCGUAUGUUUACGAGAUGGGCAGCUUGCAGGACCCUCACCUCUGGUGGUAUCACUGCCGAACGGGCUUCAAGAUGGAGGCACUAUCAGAGAGACACGCUCAACUGGUUGGACUUCUCGUUGAAUGGAUCGAAAGUAACUUUGCACCACUUUAUGACCAGAUUGACGACCAAUUUAAGAGAGGAAAAGUCUCUAGUGACUCCAUUGAGUUCCUAAUCCGCCCAGGAGAUACGCUCGUCGCAGACAAGAACGGCAGAUACAGUGGACGUGUUGCUACCACUCGACCGGCUCCUCAUAAGCAGAAGAAGAAAUCGGAUGAUUCAGAUAAAGAACAAGAGAAACAGGGCACGCACACGUGGAUUGUGGAAACGCGCUCUUACGGAUAUGCAGGAAAGUUCUUUGCAGUUGAUAAGGAGCUCUUCAUUGAAUUCCCACCCAAGUACAGAGGUGGGGAAAUCAACAUCACGGAUCUCAACGUUAUCCCAUUGUCAUAUGCAAAGCCCAGGGUAAAAGAAAUAUUACGGCAGCGAGGCAAGAGGUUUUGGAAGCUGCGAGAAAAAACGCUCAUCUCAUAUGAAGGCAGUGAUUCUGAUAGAAUACAAGCGGGACAACGGUUUAUGGUGGACUUUGACACCUACAAGGAACUCCAUCCAGGAAGCAGCUACAUGAGACAAGAAGGCUAUAUAUCAGGUCGAAAGCCCAACCUCCCAAAGGAUGGAAGCGAGCCUGAGGAACCAGAGAUUUACCUAUUCCCUAAGUUGAUCCCGGGAUUUGACCUGCGACGUAAGAAAUGGGUUGAUCUCGAGGUCGACCGAAUCCGAGACGUCAGUUGGAACAAGGAGGCUUUCAAAAGCCUUGUCGCAGACGAAGCCAUGAAGGAGCUUGUCCUAGCUCUAGUGACCAACCAGCUCGAUGCGGAGAAAAACACAGAUCUUAUCGAAAGCAAAGGCAGCGGUCUCAUCAUGCUCCUGCACGGGUCCCCAGGAACAGGUAAGACGUUUACAGCUGAGUCUGUAGCAGAAAUCGCCAAGAAGCCUUUAUAUCCAGUUACGUGCGGAGACAUUGGUACUGAGCCUGCAGACGUGGAGAAGUAUCUCGAAUCUGUGUUUCAUCUAGGCAAGGUUUGGGACUGCGUUGUUCUUCUUGAUGAAGCAGAAGUUUUUCUCGAACAGCGAACUUUACAAGAUUUGAAGAGGAAUGCGCUAGUGUCUGUAUUCCUUCGAGCUCUGGAGUACUAUGAAGGUAUUCUGAUCUUAACGACUAAUCGCGUUGGGACAUUUGACGAGGCCUUCAAAUCACGUAUCCAGCUAGCUCUACGGUAUGAGAAGUUGAAGGACUACCAGCGAUUACAGAUCUGGAAGAACUUCCUGGUGAGGUUGAAGAGUUUAGGCGAGGAAGAAAGUAUCGACUUUGAUGAUAUUGAGUUGUACCUGGAAGAGUUAGCAAAGUAUCCUAUGAAUGGACGGCAAAUUAGGAACUCGAUCACGACGGGGCGACAGUUGGCCAAGUACAAGAGGAAGAAGAUGACGUUUGCGCAUUUGAAGAGGGCGAUUGAUGUCGCGGAUAAGUUUGAUAGGUAUUUGGCUGAUGUUCAGGAGGGUGAUAUGGAGGAGUUUAGUGGCAGGGGAGAAAGUGGACGGUAUACACCGGAGUAUCUUGCGAGGGCUGAUCAAAUCCGAUGA